CAGCUCAACGUAUCCACCACAACUCUUCAGAGGGAUGUCUUUCCUAUAAGUUUACCAAACUGAGGCACUGACCCAAGUUUAAAUAUAUUAAUUACUCUUUGCUUACUUUUAAGCAGCCUUUAAGUUUUCCCGUUUGAGGAUAAGUGGCGCGCGACACUUUUAGGGAAGACAGGCGCGUACUGAAACAUCCAACUUUGGAUUAUAGUUUCUGUUUCUCGUCUUUCAUUUGAGAAAACCCGACUCGUGAUGGUUCUCCCAUCACUUAGGUUACUAAUGGUAGGAAUUGUAGUAAGUGUGACUUCAGCUCAUCUGGCUGGUGAAAGUGUAGAUAAAGAAGACUCAUUGAAGAGCCGCUUGAAAGAAUAUGGCCUCAUUACUCCCAUCAGUACAGACGCAGAGGGACACUACCUCUCGCAUCUUCUCUCGGCCAAUCACAAACAGCGUGUGAAGCGGGAGGUUUUGGAAGGGUCAACGCAAACAGUAGACAGGUUGUUUUUUAACAUCACUGUCUUCGGCAAGGAAUUCCACCUCCGACUACAUCCCAACCAAAGAUUAGUGGCUCCAGGAGCCAUGGUGGAGUGGCACGAUGAGAUUGAAAUAGCUGGGAAUGAGACUGAAAAUGGAACCCACUCAGAGCGAAUACUCAGAAGGGAGUUGCUGAAAACAGACUGCACUUUUACAGGGGACAUCACGGAUGUGCCUGGAGCCUCUGUCGCCAUUAACAACUGUGAUGGACUGGCUGGUAUGAUUCGAACUGAUUCCGAUGAGUACUUCAUUGAGCCUCUGGAGCGAGGAACACAAGAACACGAGGAGAGGGGAAGAGUGCAUGUGGUCUACCGAAGGUCUGCAGUAUUGAAAGCUCCUUCAGAUAUCUCUUUGGAUUACCAGCCGAUCGAGCCUGAAUUGGAUGCGCCAAGGGUGCUGGAUAAUAUUGCUAAGCAAGUCAAUCAGACAGUCAGGAGACGGAGACACGCUGGUGACGAUGACUACAACAUUGAAGUGCUGCUUGGAGUAGAUGAUACUGUUGUCCGUUUCCAUGGAAAAGAGCAUGUGCAGAACUAUCUCCUCACCCUCAUGAACAUUGUGAAUGAGAUCUACCAUGAUGAAUCAUUGGGAGUGCACAUUAAUGUUGUGCUUGUAAGGAUGAUUAUGCUUGGAUAUGCUAAGUCCAUCAGUCUCAUUGAAGGUGGCAACCCUUCACGAAGCCUGGAAAACGUGUGCCGCUGGGCAGUCAUCCAACAGAAAGAGGACCCAGAGCACUCCGAGCAUCACGAUCAUGCCAUCUUCUUGACCCGGCAAGGUUUUGGCCCCACCGGCAUGCAAGGAUAUGCCCCUGUCACCGGGAUGUGCCACCCUGUCCGCAGCUGCACCCUCAAUCAUGAAGACGGCUUCUCUUCUGCCUUUGUUGUAGCCCAUGAGACAGGACAUGUGCUGGGAAUGGAGCAUGACGGUCAAGGCAACCGCUGCGGUGACGAAACAGCCAUGGGAAGUGUCAUGGCCCCUCUGGUGCAAGCAGCCUUCCACCGCUACCACUGGUCAAUGUGCAGUGGGCAAGAGCUGAAGAGAUACAUUCAUUCAUAUGACUGCUUGCUGGAUGAUCCCUUCAAACAUGACUGGCCACAACUCCCUGAACUUCCCGGCAUCAAUUACUCUAUGGAUGAGCAAUGUCGCUUUGAUUUUGGAGUUGGAUACAAAAUCUGUACUUCAUUUCGCACAUUUGAUCCAUGCAAGCAGCUGUGGUGCAGUCAUCCAGAUAACCCUUACUUCUGCAAGACCAAAAAAGGGCCUCCAUUGGACGGGACUGAAUGUGCACCUGGGAAGUGGUGCUACAAAGGUCACUGCAUGUGGAAGAAUGCCAACCAAGUGAAGCAAGAUGGAGCCUGGAGUGCCUGGAGCAAGUAUGGCUCUUGCUCUCGCUCCUGCGGGACGGGCGUCCGCUUCAGAACCCGCCAAUGCAACAACCCUAUUCCAUCUAAUGGAGGUCAGGACUGUCCAGGGGUGAACUAUGAGUACCAGCUGUGUAACAUAGAUGAUUGCCCCAAACACUUUGAGGACUUCAGAGCUCAGCAGUGUCAACUUCGCAACUCCCACUUUGAAUACCAGAACGCCAAACACCACUGGCUUCCCUACGAACACCCAGACGCAAACAAAAGAUGUCAUCUUUAUUGCCAGUCAAAAGAAACAGGUGACGUGGCUUACAUGAAGCAGCUGGUGCAUGAUGGUACAAGGUGCUCUUACAAAGAUCCAUAUAGCAUCUGUGUGCGUGGAGAGUGUGUGAAAGUGGGCUGUGACAGGGAAAUUGGCUCCAAUAAGGUGGAGGAUAAGUGUGGUGUGUGUGGGGGUGACAACUCUCACUGCCGAACUGUAAAAGGAACCUUCACCCGUGUGCCUAAGAAAGCCGGUUACCUAAAGAUGUUUCUCAUUCCUCCUGGAGCUAGACAUGUGAUCAUACAAGAACAUGAGGCUUCUCCUCAAAUUCUUGCUAUCAAGAACCAGGCAACCGGGCAUUACAUUCUCAACAGCAAAGGAGAAGAUGCGAGAUCUCGCCGCUUCAUCGAUAUGGGAGUGGAGUGGGACUACCUCAUGGAGGACGAGGUCGAGACUCUUUACACUGAUGGUCCUCUACAUGAUGCAAUUGUUGUUCUGAUUAUACCUAAAGACAACGAGACAAGGUCCACGCUAAUGUACAAAUACAUCAUCCAUGAAGAUUCAGUGCCUCUUAACAACAAUAAUGUCAUUCAAGAGGACACAUAUGAAUGGGCACUGAAGAGCUGGUCACAGUGUUCAAGGCCAUGUGAUGGAGGAUUCCAGUACACCAAAUAUGGGUGUCGCAAAAAAGGUGACAACAAAAUGGCGCACAGAAGCUACUGUGAUGUCAACAAGAAACCCAAACCUAUUCGAAGAAUGUGUAACUUACAGGACUGUACACAACCACAAUGGAUCACAGAGGAGUGGGAACACUGCACUAAAACCUGUGGGACCUUGGGAUACCAAAUCCGUACUGUGCGCUGUGUCCAGUUCCUUCAUGAAGGCACAAACCGCUCCAUCCACAGCAAGUACUGCAGUGGGGAAAAGCCUGAGAUCAGGAGGCCAUGUAACAGAGUGCCCUGUCCAGCCCAGUGGAGGACUGGGGGCUGGUCAGAGUGCUCAGUGUCCUGUGGGGAAGGUGUGGUGCGACGUCUGGUCACAUGUCGUAUUGGAGAUCAAUGCACCGGUGAGAAGCCAGAGUCUCAAAAGCCCUGCAAGCCAGGACCUUGCCAUGAUGAGCCAUGCGGAGGAGACAAGUCAAUAUUCUGUCAGAUGGAGGUUCUGGCUCGUUAUUGCUCGAUACCAGGUUACCACAAGCUCUGCUGUGAAUCCUGCAGUAAGCGAAGUGGCACUUUUGCUCCUGUUCUGUACGAAGCAGCUAAGACGGAAGAAGAACUUCGCUUCGGUUCAGCCUCUCAAUUUCUGGAGACACUCUCAGCCUCUGUAAAUGGAACUCUGAAAGUCCCACAGCUACACCAGCAGGGAUCCUCGUCACAAGGCCAAUUUUCCAAGCAGACCGCCACUCCCCCACCUCGCAAACCCAAUACCGAGAACAGCAAGGCUCAAAAGCGCCUCAAACUCGGCACAAGGAAUCUGCCUGCGAUGACGAGCCAUAGCUCGCGGAACGAGGAUGCUGCUAAAGAUGCGCCAUGGCAGCUGGAAAGUUUCCAAGAGAGUCAGCGGCCAACAGCAUUAUCCGAGGUGGAGAGAUGAAGGCUAGUUUGUAUUUUUUUUUUUUUUCUGGACUCUCUCUUAUUUGUUUUCCGUAGACAUAGACCUUUAACAUUCAUCUUUCCCAUCAGAUCAUCCUCAAGAUAUUUAAAAGCAAGAGAGAGUAAAGUGCUGGUUCACUUUCAAGUGUUCUCAAUUCCCCGACCAGCAGUGUUUGUUUUGAAAACACACUUGUCAAUCACACACUGUUGUGAUGGGGAAUGUGCCAAAGAAGUUCUUCCGAUGAUCCUCUCAGCAGCCUGGUCUAUGGGGGUUUGGUGCACGUACAUGAAGAGACUCUUGUGGCAGCUUGUAGUUGUAUCAAACUUCACAAUCUUUACAUUUUUAUUUCAGCUCCAAACAUGUUUGACCAAUUGAUAUUUAUGAACAUUCCUGUAAAUACUGUAUAUGGAAAAUGUCAGUAUUAUUUUUACAAAAAUACAAACUGAGGAUUUUUAAAAUAAGAGAUUCAGGAGCAUUAUCAGUGCUUUUUAUAUUAAGAAAACUUUAAUAUUAUGCUAGGAAAUGUGCUAUCAGUCAUGAGUUCAACACUGAUGAAUAUAUAUUUCAAAACAGUGUUAGCCCCAGGAACAAAGUUCAUCAGUGAAAUUUAAAAAAUAGCCAUAAAGUACUUACUUUUCAUUCCAAAAUGAGUUCAUUCAUGGAUCAGCCGCUCACCAAUCAAAUGAAUUCUCAUAAACUGUGAAAACUGUCAAGGUUUUUUGUUUUACUCCUCAUUUUGUCAUGUUUUGAGGCUUCUCUUUAACACUUGCUUCUUGGAUUUCCCUUGUUUUGUCUUAAAAAUUAACCUUUGCAGCAAGAAGUUUGUUUAACCAACAACAACACUGAGUUAAAGCAGCUUCACCGUGAUGUAGGAGACCCAUCAUACAUAUUAUGAGAUGAAUUAGAUGUUUAAGGCCAGAUUUGAACGAGUAAAGCUGGACUUUCUGGAGAUCUUAUACUGUGAGACACUGCACAAGAUAUCUCACUUGUCUGAGGGAGAGGAAAGCUAUUUAUUUUUUAUAAUUAGGUAUUAUAUCACAACCACAAUGCAUCUGACUGCAAUACCAAGGAAACCAGUUAGUCUAUCAGUGGAGUUCAGCUGUUCAUAACGGUACACACGUUCACCCGUGUGCCACUGUAAAGCUAUUGUAUAUACCAUUGAGAACUUUAGAGUAUUUAUUAACAUUCAAAGUUCAACAUCAUUUAUUACAUGCAACAUUAUCUGUCAUUUCAGACCAAAAAAUACAGACUCCCAUUAAGUAGUAUAGAGUAGCUCGCAAAAGUAGAUGUGAAUAACCUUAUUGUUGUCAUUUUAACUGCCAUUUUAGAUACAAAUAAGACACAUGCUCAGUUUUUGAGAUGUUAAAAGGUAAAGCUGUUUCACAGCCUUUUAGAAUAGAAAAAUUGUGAAAAUAAACAAAGCUGUCAUUUACAGUGAUUCAUAUUGUCCUUCACCCACAAAUCCCCCAAUCCUGCACGAAACUGUUUUUACAGUUCAUUCGUAGCUUAAAAAAUAUUUUAGUGGAUUUUGAUAAUAGUUGUAUCUGCAUACAGAUGGUGUCAGCUUUCUUUGAGCUUUGUUAAACCAAUGAAAGCUGAGGUCAACAGUGUGUGCAUCACAAAAAAAUUCCAUUGUAUUGUUGUUCACGUUCUGCUAAUAAACUGUUGCUAAUAUUAACAAGCUUUCAGAGACUCAAAAGAAUGCAAGAUAGCAGAAGUUAAUUAGACAAUCCCUAAGCCACAGACAGACACCCAACAUAAAGGAUAAUGCAUAUUUAUCCUCACGAUUCCAGGUUCAUGUAAGUGUCAGUUGUUCUGUCGUACAAAGACCAUUUUAGUUGCUAACCGCUUGAAGUCAUUUCUUUUUAUUUUCAUUUGUACUUUUGUUAGUUGUAAUGGAAGUGUACACUACUGAGGCUGUUUGUUGUAAUGGGGAGCACAUAGCAAUAAAGUAAUAAAUACCA